AUGAGCUUCUCCCAGCGUUAUCGCCGGAAAGAAUCCGGGGAGAGAGACGGCCACGCUGCAAAUGGGGGCGCAAGCAGACUUUAUCAGCAACAGCAGCCGAGCGUUCCGAGUGCCGGACCUUCUGACAAGGCUGUCCACUUUGCUCUCCGCUGUUUAGGUUUAAGCGUCACUUGCCGCGAUACGCAAGAAAUGAAGCAAAAGUGGAAAGAAGCACUGCGGAAGAUGCAUCCAGAUAGAGCAAACAUUCUUGUUGAAAAUGACAGCACUGGCAAAGAGCCAACUACAAAUAGUGAUCAUCCUGAAAGAACAAAAACUGAAACAAAAUCACAUAGUAUCUAUGAGCCGAGAAGACUUUGAGCGAAAAAUACAAAUGAUAAAUGCUGCGAAGGACCUGCUGGAAGAGCGUUUUGGAAAGUUUUAGAUUCCACAAGUGCAAUUCCAAU